CUUUCGGGGAAGACCCUGGUUCGGUUUGGAGGUCAGCUGAGGUUCUUGUCUGUAGAUUUUUCAUUCCGGAGAAUGAUCUACAUGGCGAACGUUAACGGAUACGUGGACCUACUGGAAGGCAUUCCUGACGAGACGAAAGAGGAAAUGGUGGAGCUGAACAACACGCUGGACCAGCUGGACUCCUGCCUGGAUGCCCUGGAGGAGCAAAACGACUCUCUGAACGCCAAGUUACGGGAUCUGCUCCAGUCCAGUCAGCAGGCACGGCAGGAGCUACAGGCAGAGAGGCAGUCUCUGCAGGCACAGUCGGACACAGAACCAGGCACGUCAACAAAACAGGAUCAGAAAAAACAGUAGUGAACUUAUAGUAUGUGCAAGAAGCUUUAAAUCCUUGCUAUGUGUAAUUAUAAGUGGUCUGCAGUCAGCAUUUAAAUGUACUACAUUUAGUAGGGGUACAGAAAGUAGUCCGAAGAGGUACAAGUUACGGGACCUGCUCCAGUCCAGCCAGCAGGCCCGACAGGAGCUACAGGCAGAGAGGCAGUCCCUGCAGGCACAGUCCAGCACAGAACCAGGCACAACUUCACAACAGGAACAGAAGAAACAGUAGCUAGCUAUGUGACAAUGUGCAAUUAUAUUGUAGCUAUCUAACAUCCAAGUGGUUUACAGUUAGUGUAUUGAUUUAAGUGUACAGAAACCGACCAAGUUACGGGACCUGCUCCAGUCCAGUCUGCAGGCUCGACAGGAGCUUCAGGCAGAGAGGCAGUCUCUACAGGCCUCUAGUCCAAAGAGGUACAACGCAUAGGACAUGAGUCUCAGAACCAAGCACAACAUCAAAACAGGAACAGAAAAAGCAGUAGCUAGCUAUGUGUAGUUAGUUGUUGAAUGUACUAGUAUCUGUACAGAACGUAGGGAAAUGGAGGUCCAAAAAGAUGUACUGGUCUCAGAACCAAGCACAACAUCAAACCAGGGACAGACAGAAGAGGCAGUAGCUAACUAUGUGAUUUCAAUAUAUGUACAACAGUACAAGUAGAUGUACAGAAAGUAGCGAAAUGGACAUGUACAAUAAUCCAAAGAGAUACAGCUCAUAGGACACGAGUCUCAGAACCAAGUACAACAUAAAGCUAGGAAAAAUGCAUCACAAGAUUCUCAUAGCUGUACUUGAAGUCUUUAUAUAUCCAUUAGGAUAAAAAUAGAUCUCUAGGAAGGCCAGUUGGCUUUUGUGCAAUACUUAUACUGUAUAUGUGUGUAUCACAUAUUACUGAUGAAGACAUGUUUAAUAUUAGCGAUAUGUAACAUUAUAAGGAAGGUAUCCUCCUGAUUGUAAACAAGCAGGCUAAAUAUUCUCCUUGUAAUGAAUGGAAGAAUGAAUGCCAGGACCAAUAGCCAAAUACUUUAUGUGCAAUGACAUGUAGUAAGUUAGGGGUGCAUCAUCAAUUUCAC